ACUGCCCAUGCAUGAAACCGUGUCCUGAACAGGGCUGGGGGAGAGAAGGAAAUUACACAAAACCAGCAGCGACCACAGAAAGGAGGGUAGGAAACCACCCUGGCAAUGCUCUUGGUGCUUUUUCUUGAGUUUGAGUGGGAGAUCUUGGUUGCUUUUUACUAAGUGGGCAUUAGGAAAAAAAAAAAGUCCAAGAAAUGAUGCAAAUAAUGCAGGAAAUACGUAACGAAUGUUUUGUGAUUAGGGGAGAUAGUUACCUGGCACUCAGAGCCUCAGGUCUGCUGCAGGAUGUCAGUGCUGCUGGUGCCGAAAUGGACUCGUUUUGUUGGAUUUUAGUACUGGAAGACUCUCAAAUGACAACUUUGCUUAGGAGCUGAACCUCGUGUCCUGCGCUGUGCUCGCUGGGGGAAGGCCCUGAAGGACAUCUUGGAGUGACGGUACUGCUUCAUGCAGUUCAAUGUUCUGAGGUCAUGAAACUUAAUCCACAGCAAGCUCCAUUAUAUGGUGACUCUGUUAUUACUGUGCAGCUGACUGAGGAAGAUAAAGUUGAAGAUGAUGUAGUUUUCUACUUGGUCUUCACUGGGUCAACUGUCCAACACUGCACAAGCACAAGAAAGAUUAAUCCUGGGAGCCUGGAGACAAUUUCUCCUGGCCAUGACUGCUGUGAGACAGUGAAGGUGGUACUUUGUGCCUCCAAAGAAGGCCAUCCCAUUCUGGUCGUGGCAGAAGAGAGUUUCCAGUUCAUCCAGGAUGAAGCCUACGACGCAGCCCAGUUUCUGGCCACCUGUGCGGGGAACCAGCAGGCACUCAUCUUCACCCGCUUCUUGGACCGGUCAAGGCCACCCGCUGCCGAUGUGGACUUUUUGGAUGAGAAAGUGGCUUUGGCAUUUCGACACCUGAAGCUGCCGGCAGAAUGGAACGUGCUGGGAGCAGACCAGUCCCUGAACGAGAACAUCCCUCGGGAGACAUUGAUGCAUUUCGCGGUGCGCCUGGGUCUGCUGCGGCUGACAUGGUUUCUGCUCCAGCAGCCAGGAGGAAGAGGAGCGCUCAGCAUCCACAACAACGAAGGCGCUACACCCGUGAGCCUGGCCUUGGAGAGAGGCUACCAGAAGUUACAUCAACUUUUGACGGAAGAAGAAGCCAGGGAGCCGGACUCCUGGAGUACCUUGUCUCACACGGUGCACACCGGGGAGUACUGCGUGAAGCACCACCGGCGGCUUGAUGUUUACUUGCUGACGGCUGAAACCAAGGAAGGGACAAAGGCCAGCCUGGAGAGCGACAUACGGCAGCUUCAGCUACACAUGCAGAGCCACCAGCACCGGAGUUUAAGGAAGCAGACGGAGUCUGUACCGGGAGAUUCUGGGAAUAGCUGCGGCAGCGGGGCAGAGCCAGGUGCUCACCCAGCCACUUCGUGUCACAAACUGGAAGAAAUGGCAGGAGAAGGAAGUGAGGAGAGUCCAUCUGAUGUUGUUCACCUCAACAGCGGGCAGCUCUCCGACCAAGCCCACCAGGAGGACAAGUGCCCCAGUGGGAGCCUGGGAGCUGUCAGUGAUGGACCAAACGGCUUGCUGAGUCUGGGGGACGCAGAGAGCCCAGCGUGCUCUUGUGAAAGUAAAAAUACCGUGACGUUGGGUAAAAAGGAAGAGGAGGGGCCAGCCUCUGCUGAAGGCUCUGGGGCCGUGUCAGAUGAGAACGGCUGCACAGCGAGCCCGUAUGCAGGCGUAAACGGGGCCGUAAAUCUCCCGUCCUGUGGAAAUACAGAUGAGGAAGCUGGAAUGACAUCUGCUGGAGUUGUUCUGGAUCAAGCUGGCUUGUGCAGUAAGGAUAGCACCCAUCAGGAAGCGCAGGCUGCCGAGGAGCGUGCAGCUGAGAGUGCUGUUCCUGGGGUUCAAACUGCAGGCGAAGCCCCGGCCUCCCCGGAGGGCACGGAUGUGGCCAUGGGCCAGACCGAGUGCAGGAACUGUACCGGGGCGGCUGACAGGGCGCCGGGCCAGCAGCAGGUAGAGGAUGGGAUGGCUGAGAGCACCGAAAGGAGGACUGCGGGUCCAGAAGAGCGAGUGGCAGCUGAGGAAGAGCCAGCCAGCGCUGCUCAGCCCUUGCUCCAUGGUUUUAAUGGCACUGACUGUACGGGUGGGGAGGAUGCAAACAUGGGAGUGGUACUGGCGUGUGACAGUACGAGCACAGGUAUUGGCACUGGGGAUGUCUCUGUUGAUCUUUGCAAGAGUGGUGAUAACAAAGAGACUGGAGCAGGCUCACGCACUGAUCAGGUAAACGUUGGCCUUUUGGAAAGCCAAGGUGAUGCCCGUGUGGAGGAGAGGCAGGAUGUCUCCGCGAGCACUGCAGCAGCGUUACCAGCAGCGAACGGGGCGAAGGCUCCUGCGUGUGCACCUGAACGUGGUCUUGUUUUGGAAAGCCAGGACAGCACUACGAGUGGGGGGCAAGAAGGACAGGUGGAAGUGGGUAGCACAGAUGGCAAAUCCAGCUCGCCCUCCCUGGAGGACAGCGUGGAAACCGAUGGCCCUGAAAAUGGUGAUGGUGGUGGAGCUAACCAAGGCAGCGCAGAACCUGCGUGUGGCCAGGGAAGCGGUGAGAUUGCUGAGAGUGCAGGCAAAGCAAGGGAGGGUGGUGAAGCCCAGAAAGAAGAGGCAGUAGGAACUGAUACCAGCAGCAGCGGAGAUGGAGGAAGCGCAGACUCUGAAAACGGAGCUCAGGAAGUUGCUAGCUGCUGCCCUUCUGUUGAUCAAACCGCUGUUAACGAUGUCAUGGGCGACAGUUUAAAACUGGAUGCUGCUCAAGUGGGAGAGCAGGAGCCUGGAUCGCUCCCUCUGGAGGAUGCAAGCACAUGCCUGGCAGAGAAGGCGCCUCCACAAGACGGAGAGGAGGCAGCAGAAAGCCCUCCGGGGCAGGAGGGGCUGAGCAGCGAGGUGAGAGCGCUCGCACCCCAUCCCGACGCAGAGCACCCGACGGGAGAUGCUGCAGCGGCACUUCCCGGGCAGGAGGCGGCCCUGCGCGGUAAUGACCCUGGAUUAUCUCCAUGUGCCAAGGGCGCAGACUGUGCAGAGGAUAAUUUUGUAGGCACACCCUCUGUAAUUCAUAAUGAAGAAUCUAAACAAAAGCAGGAAGUGGCAGCAGCAGCGGCGGCAGGCUCGGCAGAGCUGGCCCCGCCGCGCAGCCAGGAGCAUGGCGAGGUAACCGGCGUGCUGGGGGAGCAUGCGGGGGUCUCGGGUCCUCCCGAGCAUGGCCUCCAGCCUCAGGCAGAAGGAGGCAUGGCCGAGCCUGAGCGGGAGGCUUCUGACAGCAGCCGGGAGCAGGUUUUGUCGGAGGAACUGCUUGCCACGGUUGUGAAAUCCUCCGCCUGCAGCCCAGGGGGGCCCGCAGCCGGCGUCAGUGCGGGUGCUGGGCUGAAGGAGCCGGUCCCCGAGGAGUCAGCAGGCGAGGCUGGGGCAGCAGGUGCUGGAGAAGGCGCCAUGCAAGCAGCCGAGCCACCGGGCGAGUCGCUGGUGGCGGGGAGCAACCCUUGUCCGGACACGGGGCCGCACCAAGAGCAUGGUCCCAGCCCGCAGCACAUCUCCCCGCGCAGCAGCACCCCCGAAUUAAAGGAUGCUUUGGAAGUGGAAGCCCCGAGCGUGGCUUUUGAGGCUGAAGAAGCAUUACAGAUAGCGGCGAUGGCCCCCGUCACGGGGUACGAGGAAGAGCAGCCGGAUUUGGAGAGCGUCCUUCCCAGGGCAGCGCUGCAGCCCAUCGCAGAGGAGCCCACGUGCGACAGCGACUCCAGCACGGACACUGUUUGUCCGGGCAGCGAGGGCAAUGCUGCUCCUGCCACAGCCCAGGGGGAGGUCUCGGCACAGCCCGAGGGCAAGCAAAGCCGAGCCGUGUCGGAGUCAGCCCUCUCGCCCUGCUCCUCCGGCUUAAAUGCUGUUGAGUCACCAGAGCACGUGGGAGUAAAGAGUUUGGUUUCGGCAGACGAUGGCUCCUCUGUGGAUAAAGCUCCUAAAAUGGUAAAAAGUUUUGAUGCCGUCGUGUUUGCAGCGGGGACCCCUUCUUCUCCUGACCUACAAGCAGCAGAAAAAGCGGGGCUCGAGCCCCAGCCUGCAGUGGAUGUCGGAGCUGGACUGAAUGGAGAGGCAGAUUUAAGCUCCUCCGCCAAGAAGACGGACGUCAGCCCAGCACCGCGAGCUGCCGAGCCUGGCACAGGGAAGUUGGAAAUGAAAACUGAAGAUGAGGUGGAUUUUAUGAAAGAUCCCAGAGACAGCGCAGCUUGCGAGGAAGCGAUAAACCGUGAAAGCUGGUGCUCGCUGGAGCCAUGUCCCGACUCUUCACUGCUGGAGCGCAAGCGGACAAGGGAGUCUCCAGAAUGUGAGAGCUUCUUGGAGGAUGGGCUGAGCAGCGUCUGUGCCUCGUCACAGGGUGUCCUUAAAAGAGAGUCCGGGAGCGAGUCUGACCUCUUCCCCUUGCCUGGUGAUGGGAUGGAAGACCUUGUCUUUGGAAAGCAGCCUGAGGAGGAGCAGUCCGCUUGUGAUGUUACCAGCUCCAGUUCCUCCGCGGAUGACACCAUGUCCUUGGAAAGGAACUCGUCCCUGGGCAGCGACACGUCCCUUCCCUUCCCGCCUGCAGUGAGCUUCGUGCAGCCCAAGGACAGGCACAGCCUGGAUGGGAGCUGCACGAGCAUGGUAGCCCCAGAGGGAGCCGAGGGCGAGCCCGCUGGCUUGGGAGAGAAGGAUGAGGAACUGGACAGCAUCACAGAUGUGCCCACUCCUUCCUCCGUCCUGAGAAACUCCAUGCGGCCGCUGUCACCUUUCCGUCGCCACAGCUGGGGGCCGGGGAAGAACGCCACCAAUGAAGCAGAAAUCAAUCAGAGGAGUUCAAUGCGAGUUCUGGGGGAUGGUAUAAAGAAGCCUCCCAUUCAUAGGAGAAGUUUGAGCUGGUGUCCCUCUGGUGUACAGUUCACUGCCAUGGUUCCUGACUUUAAUUGUAGAAGUUACAGCCUAGAAGGUCUUGCUGGAGAUGCUGGUGAGAUCAAGAAGCCCUCUGCAAACUUGGAGGCAGCUUCUCUGAGCUCCAAAGACCUCAGACGGAGUCCACUUGCCAGCAACCAGUGUGGGUCCCUGGUCUUGCUCACCGAAGAACUUGAGCAAGGGGAAAUCGGAGACUAUGAUCGCCAGAUUCAUCCAGCCUCACAGCCACAAGGAUUUAAUUUCUGUACUUCAUCUGUUUCGUCACCACUGACCAAAUCUGUGUCUCUAAUGUCAAUUAGUAAACCAGCGCUGGACACCCAGGGCCGGACUCGACCAUCGAGACGAAUCUCCUUCUCCUUCAGCAUCUCUCCACUCAUUCCUAAGUCUAAAACUCUCUUUUCUAUUGGCUCUUCUUCCAGUGAUGAGGAGGAGGAGUUGGAUAGUGCUCCAGCGUUCGGCGGCCCCGCAGGUUCCUUGGUGCAGAGCAUAUCUGAAGAGAGCAGCAGUGUCCCCUCUGGUAAAAGUGCAACAAAAGUCAGUCGUACCUUCAGCUACCUCAAGAAUAAAAUGUCCAGCAGCAAGAAAAGCAAAGAAAAAGAGAAAGAUAAAGAGAAGACUAAAGAGAAAGACAAAGAUUCCAAGGAGAAGGAAAAAGAUAAGAAGAUGUUAAAUGGACAUCUUUUCACUGCAACCACCGUUGUAGCCCAAGCAACCUGUUACCACUGUAUGAAACCUUUCAAUAAGGAUUCGUACUACUGUGCAAACUGCAAUGCAAUUGUUCACAAAGGCUGUAAGGAAAGUUUUGCUUCGUGUGCAAAGGUGAAAAUGAAGCCACAAAAAGGAAUAUUGCAGGCACAUGAUACCUCUUCGUUACCCACAGUAACCUUGAGAAACAAAAGUGGAGAAACCUAUCUCAAAAGAUUUGACCAGAAGCAGGCAGAUGGAUGUAACUGUAGGAUCUCCUUGUCUACAGGUUCGCAACCUAAGGAGCGCCCUCGCUCAGCAAUACUUGCUCCUGACGAAAACACCGUCACCUCAAUAUUCAAUAACAGGAGAUCACAACAGACUACAGCGCUUUCAAAAAGUGUCUCAAUACAGAACAUUGCAGGAGUUGGAAAUGAUGACAGCUUAAUACACACUUGGAAAUUUCUGUCCCAGUCAACAGACUCUUUACAUAAAAUCAGCCGGGUGAAUGAAUCCAUGGAGUCACUAGUUGAUGAAGGGGCAGACAUGAAUGAAGGACAGCUGAUGGGAGACCUGGAACUAGAUUCCAAGCUGCUGGAGGCAGAGUCCUGGAGCCAGGUGGUGGACAGCAAGUUCCUACAGCAGCAAAACAAAGAUGUUGUCAAACGGCAAGAUGUCAUUUAUGAGCUAAUGCAGACAGAAAUGCAUCAUGUUCGCACCCUGAAGAUUAUGAACGAUGUAUACAGUGCAGGGAUGUUAAAAGAACUGCAGUAUGAUCAGCAAAUCGUGGACAAGAUCUUUCCCUGUCUGGAAAACUUGCUGCAUAUCCACAGUCACUUCUUCCAGCGGAUUCUGGAGAGGAAGAAGGAGUCAUUGGCAGACAAAAGUGAAAAGAACUUUGUUAUUAAGAGGAUUGGUGACAUCCUGGUGAAUCAGUUCUCUGGUGAGAAUGCCGAGCGAAUGAAGAAAACAUAUGGGAAAUUCUGCGGGCAUCACAAUGAGGCAGUAAAUAAUUUCAAAGAUCUGUACUCAAAGGACAAGAGGUUUCAGGCAUUUGUCAAGAAAAAAAUGAGCAGCUCCCUGGUGAGACGUCUUGGGAUUUCUGAAUGUAUCUUGCUGGUAACACAGAGGAUCACAAAGUACCCAGUCCUGUUACAAAGGAUACUGCAGUACACCAAAGAAAAUGAAGUGGAACAUGAAGACUUGACUCAGUCAUUAAACCUUGUUAAAGAUGUGAUUGCUGCAGUCAAUAGCAAAGUCAGCAACUAUGAAAAGAAAACACGUCUUGAUGAGAUUUACAACAGGACAGAUAGCAAGUCCAUCAUGAGGAUGAAGAGCGGUCAGAUGUUUGCAAGAGAGGACUUGCGACAUCGGAAGCUCAUCCGAGAUGGGCCUGUGUCACUGAAAAAUGCAGCUGGACGGUUAAAAGAAGUCCAGGCUGUUCUCCUCUCUGACAUGCUCAUAUUCUUGCAGGAGAAGGACCAGAAAUAUGUCUUUGCCUCACUGGACCAGAAAUCCACUGUGAUCUCUCUGAAGAAGUUGAUCGUACGAGAAGUAGCUCACGAAGAGAAGGGUUUGUUCCUGAUCAGUAUGGGUGUAAAAGAUCCUGAAAUGGUAGAAGUGCAUGCCAGCUCCAAAGAAGAACGUAACGGGUGGAUAGAGAUCAUUCAAGACACGAUAAACACCAUGGAUAAGGAUGAAGAUGAAGGAGUCCCUUGUGAGUCUGAGUUUGAAAAGAAAGUGUCAGACACGAGAGUCAGAGCACUGAAAGAACAACUUCAUCAGAAGGAUAAGCAGAUCCUUGUCUUGCUGGAGGAAAAGACCAAGAUCUUCAGGGACAUGGCAGACACCUCUGCUCAAGAGGACAUGCCAGGCUCCAGACUGCUCUUCAGAGCCAACACUGAAGAGGCACCAAAAGGCGAGGCCAUUAUGAAAACUGCAAUAAAUGAAGUUGAACUGCUGCAAGACCUGGUAAACAGGAGUUUGGGCUGUGCCCUCGGGCAGCAGGUCAGCACCACCAUUGACCAAGAAGGAGGAGUUGGCCCCAUCUCUCUUCCUAGAAGGGCAGAAACUUUUGGAGGAUUUGACAGUCAUCAGAUGAACGCCUCCAAGUCAAAGCAGAAGGGAGGUGUGUCCUCCUGCAGAGAGGUGGAAGGUCCCAGGACGUGGCGCAGGAGAGAAGGUGGAGUGAAGGAUGAAGGUGACGAUGCUCAGGACCUUCGGAGAACAGAGUCAGACAGCAUUUUAAAGAAGGGUGGAAAUGCUAAUCUGAUGUUCAUGCUGAAAAGGAAUAACGAGCAGGUUCUCCAAAGCAUUACCAGCCUCCAUAAGCUGCUCAGUGCUUUGCAGGGUGUUGUCCUGCAGCAAGACACCUACAUCGAGGACCAGAAGCUGGCCCUGAGCGAGAGGGCCCUUACCCGAAGCUUCUUCCGCCCGACCUCGCUGCUGGAGCAGGAGAAGCAGCGCAACCUGGAGAAGCAGCGCCAGGAGCUCGCCAACCUGAAGAAGCAGCAGGCGCAGCACCAGGAGGAGAGGCGGAGGAGAGAGAAGGAGUGGGAAGCACGGGAGAACCAGCUGACGGAGCAGGAGGCCCAGCUGGCCCAGCGGGAGGAGCAGGUCCAGAGAGGGCGGCAGGACCUCGAGCGGGAACGGGAGGAGCUGCAGGUGAAGAAAGCCUCCUACCAGCUCGACCUGGAGAGGCUUCGUACGGCUCAGAAGCAGCUGGAGAGGGAGAAGGCACAGUUCAAGAGAGACAUGGAGCGAUUACCUCAAAUGUGGUUGGAGACAGACCACAACCAGGUGUCAAAUACACAUGAGAAACUUGCAAGAGUCUCCUCCCAGUCCAGCAUCGAAGACUUCUCCAAGCAAAAAAGCCCUUCCCUUCCUAAACAAGGGCACUUUGAUGCAGAACUGUCUGUCUCCCCCAAAAGGAACAGUCUUUCAAGGACACACAAAGAGAAAAGCACUUUCCAUUUGCUUAGCACAACAAACCAGACUAACAAGGCAGCUGAGGAACAGUCCCAGAUGCCUACCCGGCUCUUCAGUUUAUCCAAACCAAAGGAGAAAAAGGACAAGAAGAAAAAGGGCAGAGGACAUCGCUCCCAACAACCUGAUUCUCACUCAUCAGAAGCACCUCCAGAGGGCGAGGAGAUCUUCUGCUGAGCGUGGAUGGCACCAUUGGUCACUCUCAGCUUUGGUACAGUGGACAUCUCCCUGCCUACUCCACAGCACGCUGCUCGGGCCUGCAUCUGACAAGCAUCCGGAGGUUUUAAAUAAAACACGUUCUGAAAGUUUGUAUGUGGUAGGAAAGGGCCUGCCUCUCUCCUUGGUUUUGCAUGAACUCACGUUGCAGAGGCUGGCCGCAUGGCAAGUGGUACCAUCUCCUCGUGCAAAGCUCGCUUCCGAUGGAUUGGGCUGGAUGGUUUCUGUCUGUUCACACUGCUGAAGGAUGGGAGAACAUAGCCUUAAGGGGUCUGUGCCUUCAAAUUCCCCUUUUCUGGGGAAAGUAACCAAAACCAAGCAUUUAGCAAAAGAUUGGGACUUCACACAUGGUGCGUACACACUGGCAUAUAUAGAGAUACUGUGCACAGCCAUCUCUGUAUCUAUGUGUCCACUGGGAUGUGCUCACGGUCUGUUCAGCCAGGCUUGGCUGGCCCAUGGGGACAGACGAUGACUUUCAGGGAGCGUGCGGAUAUUAAAUAUCUCGCCCUUUCUGCUCCAGCUGUAACACCAUGGGCUCGCAUGCCCCUCUUGUGCUCAUGGAAUGGACUGUUGGGUUUCAGAGAGGUACCGCACGCCAGGGAGCAGCUACAGUGUGCAAAAUGAAAAUUCAAGAAACAAAUAAAAUUGGAGGUUUUUCCAAAAGCUUUCUGUGGGGCAGAGGAGUUAAAUGUCACACCGUUUCCAGAUCAAGCAGAACAUCUUUGGGUGUAUUUAAAGCAAUGCAGAAAAGAGAGAUUUGGGAGGCUUGUAAGGCAACCCCGGGAAGCCAGAGCAGAUGGUGUUCAAGUGGGAACAACUCUAAGCAACUUUUUUUAAGCAGUCUUUGAGCUAUGGCUCACUGCUUCCCAUCUCCUAAGUAAAGAUUUAUUUGUUUUGCUGGGAUAUAUUUCUCCAGUUGUAUUUGACAUCCCUUCAUUACAAGCCCGAUGGCUUACUGGAGAGAUGGCUGGAAGUCUGCUUUUAGGGACCUUUGUUCUGUUAUUUGUAUUUUUCUUCCCCUGCUCUUUACAUUACCACGAGGCUUAUGUUUCUCUGGAUUUUGUCAGCUUCUCUGGCUUGUUUCUAAGGCAGAACAACAACAAUUUCGGUGCACUUCAGUGCGAUGUCACAGGUCAGGGGGCUGCGUGCUGUGAGCAGAGUGAACUCUGAAGAGGCAGCUCUUAGUUCCUCUGCCCCUACGAUACCACGCACUUAUUAACUAUUUCUGGGGAGAAAAAUAUAUUCUUGUGAACAAAAACAUUGCGUGAUGGGUCCAAAGGCCCAGCGUGCCUUUGCCAGGUCCGUUUCCGUUGCUGUGUGGUCUGUGGUGGACGAGUCCAUGUCUGUGUCGCCGUCAGCAGAAGGGGAAGGUUCAGGGAUGGCUCUCGAUGUGCCGACUGUGAGAUGUUUGUACAGCUGGGGGGUACAGUGAUGUAUCCAGCGGGGGAAGAGAAAUGCAGCAAGCCUUUUUUUUUUUUUCUCCCAAAUUAUUGUUCUUCCAAACCCUCUCAGGGGAAUUGGCCCGGUGGAUUUGUAAAUGGUUAUUAGACUCAAUCCGCUUCAAAAUAAUUCAAGGGUUUGCUCAGAGUUCGAAGCUGUCAAGUGCGUUUCCUUUCCUGCUAGUUUUUCUUUAAAGAAAAAUAAUAAUUCUUUAGUUGCACUAUUGUUUGAUUGCAAUUUGCUCUUUAGCUUCUCACGAGCUAGUAACACGCAGCAAUUUUCAGAGUUCAGUGCUAAUGAGUAUCAGCAGUGUUGAUGGUGAGGUGGAUGCUUAGACUGGUCUGUCUUGGUCAGUGCAGGAAUCCCAAGCCGCCUGCUUGCUUUUGAAGCUCUCUAAACUAUUAAGAUGAAAAAAAAAAGAAAGAAAAAAAAAGGAAGAAAGGAAAAAGGGUUGAGAUUUAUUGAUUUAUUUUUAUUUUGCUUUUUUAAUGUUAUUUGGUGCUUGUUCUUACUUGCAAGCAGGGCUUGCAAAAAUAUUUAUCUUUCUGUUUAUUUGAAAGAGUUCUUUUUUUAAAGAAGUUUACUUGGUUUUAUUUUUUUUUAAUUUUUAUUUUGCUUUUGUUUGGGGAGGGCGGUUUGGUUUUUUUCUUCCCUUUUUUUUGAUUUGUUUGGUUGGUGGGUUGUUUUUUUGUUGUUUUAUUAUUAUUUUUAUUUUCUUACCAAGAGAUUGGUAAACCCAUUAUCUCCCCGGUUCCUAGAAAAACAGGGUUUGGGCAGUGCUGCUUAGCAGCCUAUGCCAUGUCCAGAGUUACACAAUCUCUACUGAGAGCUUUCUUUAAGGCAGAACAUCUUCGGGCCAGAAAAGUCUGGAGAGAGAAGCGGAGACUUCCGACAAGACUCCUCCUAUCAGUUAGUUUCCUUGUCUAAAUAUUUUCCUUAGGUUUGCUUCUUGGAGACAAAGGGAGAGCCCAACGCAGCCUCCUGCAGUGAUGCGAGGCUCCGGUCGAUGUCCGGGCAGAUCCAGGCAGCUCUUCUUGACCAGGAAGGAGGCAUGUGCUGGUGCUGGGGUGGUUUCUCCUCAACAAGAAGAGCACCCGUGGAACCAGCUAACUUCUGUCCCGCUCUUCGUACGUCUGAGCAAAAGCAUGUGCCAAGCUGAAAUCUUUGGAAACCAAAGCAGUGCAUGGCUCAUCCUCUGUUGUAUAAACAGAGACCAGGUCCCUGGUAUUUCUGAACGUUCCCCGGAGUCUGUUAUAGCCUUUGCCACUAUGAGCUUUUCUUUCUUCUCGCUGUCCUUUCCCCAGCACAUCCUGGAGUCACAGUGCAGGGGAACGUCCCUUGGCUCAGAGAACAGCAUGAAAAGGGACACGCAGGGCCAAGACGCUGCCCGCUCUGACCAUCUCUUCUCACCUGUGCAAACCAAAACGAGCAUCCAGUGCCCUGAGUGAAAAUAGUAUUUGCUACGUGAUCUCCUAAGGUCCCCAUGGUUCCUUGUCUUAGAAACCAGAGGCUUGAAUCAGGACAUACUGAUGGGAAAUACUGCAUAUCAAAGCUGUUUGUGUCUUAAAUUCUGGUGGGCCGACCUUUGUCCCUCGAGGAUGUACAUCGCUGUAUGAUUCACUGGUUUUGGAAUGAAGCCUUUACUCCCACACUGCUUCCUCCUUCUUUUACCUUUAGGAAGGCGAGGGCUUGUUUUUAUCUCCUUAGCCUUUUCUUUCUUCCCUCUCAGGUUUUCUUUGGAGAGGCUUGGCAUUGGUUUCCCAAGUCAGAUUCCCACUCUGAUCCCUGCAGGUUGCCUAAGGUUGUCUGCUAGGCCACGGUCCCAGUUUUGCAACACCAAAGCCUUUCCUUUUCCUGGCCUUACAACUGCGUUUGCUUCGGUUCCACACUUGGCAUCCAUCCUACAGUCGUUGAAAGCAUGAAAUUUCUUCACGCUGUGUCUCGUUCCCAGGGCUGGUCCCUUGAUCCCACUCAGAGAACCCAAACCCUGUAAUUCCUCAUGGGUUUCCCGGGACAAGAGCAGGUUCCAGAACAUCUCAGAUGAAGUACAAACGUGGUCAGUAUGAGCUGGGGGUGCCAGGGGACCCCGGAGGUUAGGGAGAAGCUGCAGCAAAGGGUGUGAGCCUCAGUGGAGUUGCGUGGGGUUGGCCUUAGCUUCCUUUAGGCAACGUGAUCAUCUCAGCGUGUAACUUUGUCAGUGUGAUGCCUUAAAGCACUUUAUAUGGAACUGGUCAAGUCACUUUUCGUGGUUACGUGGAGACAAUCAGCUGUGUAAUUGCCCCCCCUCCGCAUCCCCAGAGAAGUCUGAGCUGCAGGUAGGCAAGUUCCUGGGCUGCCUUGGCGUUACCCCGGGAGGGGAGGAAGGGUCGAGCGUUUUGUAUAGUUUUAGACCAAAGUGGGCGUGAAUACGACUCCAGUCCCGCUGCAGGCAGGAUGAGCCCUUUCGCCAUGGGGAGAACCCAGCAGUGAACUACUCACGAAGCCCCCCCAGACCCCCCACCAGGGCACUUAGGAGAGCACGCGGGGGCACGACCAGAGCAAUUGGCUUCUGGUGGCCCAGGUGUACCCCCCUGGGAGAGCCCACACCACCGCCACCACCUUCCUUCUCUUCGCUCCUGGAGUUUGCCACUGCUGAGAAGCACAGCGAUACCAGUAGCGGGUUCGUUCCACCUUUCAAAGGCGAGAGCACCCGUAGAGCCCAAUCAUCCUUGCGCCUUCCUUGCUGCAUUAGGGUAUCUCAGAGCUGUUGCUGAAACACCCAAAUCCAGUCCUUCCAAAGGUCACCGAGGCAGAAGAGGUUCAUCAGGUGCCAAAUGCCAAGGAAGCAAUCGAUGCAGGCUGUCUGUAGCACGGACCAAGGGAGGACUGGGCAGGGGGCACAAGAGGGAGUAUCUGCUUAAAUCCCACAAAACAUUCCUUGUUAACCAGAACUCUGGAAAUUAUUCUGCCUGCUGGCCAGGUUUGGGAAUUUAACAUAAUUUAAGGCACCCUUUAAAAUAAUAUUAAAAAAGAAAACUUCCCCUACUGCUCCUGACUCUUGCUUCAUUUGUCAGAAGGGGCAGCAGUCAGCCACGAUCCAUUCUUGAUCUGUUGACGCAGCUAAGUUUUAAAGGUAGGCAAGCUGAACUGGCCAAAUCUCAUACACCUCUUGCUCUUGAGUCAUGGGAAGCGUAACGCUGGCUCCCUUCCCACCUGCAUUUUGAGGGCUCAGUGCCCGUUUCUUUCCACGUGCAUUUCACUGACACUGAUGCUUUGCCCAAAUAUAUUCUGCUUCCAUCGCUUGGGGGGUGGGGGGACAGGAUGACAUCCACCGCUUUGCAUACAGCUCUGAGCUUUGUAUGUAUUUAAGCUGUCUGUAGGUAUCGAUCAUUUCCAUGCUCUAAAGUAUUUUACUAUUUUCUUUAUUGAUAGUAAACACUGACUCAGAAAACUCUUUAUGUCCAGUUCAGUUCGCCUAUGGUUAAAGUUUAGCCUGGUGUUUAUUUUGUACUAAUACGGAAUGCACUUGAGUAAUUCCCAGUGAGGAGGUGUAUUACAGUAACCUGAUAUACCUCUGCCUUUGGUUUGUUUCUUAAAUAAAUAAAUAAAUAAAUAAAUAAUGCUUUGCAUUUUCAUGUUGAACCCGUAAAAAAAAGUUGGAAAAAAAAAAGUUGAAAAAAAAAAAAGAUUUUUUUAAAAAGAGGGUAAAACCUAAUUGCUGUAUGUUAAUUUGUAAUUAUGUAAAAAGUGAGCAGGUUAUUGACUGUAAAAUUCUUCAGUUUUCCUGUAACUUGCCAGAAACCAUUAGGGUUUGUAACAAGCUUUUAUUUAUCUUCCUUUUUAGUUAUCAGCAUCAACCUCUUGUAAAGUCAUUUUUCCUCUAAAUAAAUUUGAUUUUAAGUCCGA